GACCGCAAAUAGUUUGAGGUCCAGGUCUGGUUCCCGCGCACGCUCUUCUGCUGGGACUCGGGUCUGUCUGGUCCGUGCUGCUUUGGAUCCGGUUCUCCUGUUCCGACAAGUUCGGUUCUCGGUCCGGUGGAUUUGGACGCAGUGUUUCUUUGGAUCGGUUUCGGACGUCAUGGGUUGGACUGUGGCGGUUCUGCUGUCAGUCAUCAGUGUCCGGCUCGCAGGAGGACUGGACGGACCGGACUCACAAGUCAUCGACGUGUUGAGUCUGCAGGACUCAAAGCAGGUCGUUACAGCAGUGGAGAUGCUGUCUGCCGGUCUGAGCACGCUCAGUGACGUCUACGUGGUGUCCACACUUCGGCUACCAGCAAAGCUGGGUGGAGUUUUAAUGGGUGUGUACAGCAAACAGGACAACAGGAAGUACCUGGAGGUGGCUGUCAUGGGAAAGAUCAACAAAGUUCUGCUUCGUUAUGGUAGAGCUGACGGGAAGGUCCACACGGUCAACCUGCAGAACGCAAACCUGGCUGAUGGGCGGAGUCACUCUGUCAUCCUGCGGCUUGGCGGCCUGUCCCGCCAGAGCAUGAAUGUGGAGCUCUACGUUGACUGUCGCUUGGCCGACUCCAGUCGAGACCUGCCGCAGCUGGUUCCUCUGCCCCGUGAGGCAGAGAUGGUGGAGAUCCGACACGGACACAAGACGUACACUCGGCUGCAGGGUGCAGUGGAGUCCCUGAAGCUGGCUCUAGGGGGCAGCAUUGCCAAAGCCGGAGGUCUGACUGACUGUCCUUUCCAAGGCGACUCGUCAGCGUUCAACGCAGUGAGCGGAGACGUGAGUUCCAUUCUGGGUGACCACACCAAAGCUCUGAUUGGUCAGCUCAUCAUCUUCAACCAGAUCUUGGGAGAGCUUCGGCAAGACAUCCGAGAACAGGUGAAGGAGAUGGCUUUGAUCAGGAACACCAUCCUGGAGUGUCAGGUCUGUGGAUUCCAUGAGCCUCGUUCCCACUGUUCUCCGAACCCGUGCUUUAAGGGCGUGGCCUGUAUGGACAGCCUACAGUACCCAGGGUACACCUGUGGCCCCUGCCCACCUGGGACCACGGGGAACGGCACUCACUGCCAGGACAUCGAUGAGUGUGAGCUGCAGCCAUGUUUCUCUCCAGAGGCCUGUUUGAACACAUUUGGGGGGUUCAGCUGUAAGCCAUGUCCUCCAGGCCUGUGGGGGGCAGCGCUGCAUGGAAGCGGUUUUGAUUAUGCCAAACCAUUAAAACAGGACUGUUCAGAUAUCGACGAGUGUGUGGAUUUACCGGAUGCCUGUGUCCAGAACUCAGUCUGUAUCAACACUGUGGGAUCUUACAAGUGUGGAGGUUGUAAACCCGGUUUCCUUGGUAACCAGACCUCAGGUUGCUUUCCGAGGACAUCGUGCUCUGCGUUGACCUUCAACCCCUGUGAUACCAAUGCUCACUGUGCCAUGGAGAGGAACGGGGAGGUGUCCUGCAGGUGUAACGUGGGCUGGGCGGGAAACGGGAACACUUGUGGUGUGGACACAGACAUCGAUGGAUACCCGGACCGCCCGCUGCCCUGCAUGGACAACAACAGACACUGUAAACAGGACAACUGUGUGUCCACGCCAAACUCUGGACAGGAGGAUGCCGACAACGACGGGACCGGAGAUCAGUGUGAUGAGGAUGCCGACGGGGACGGAAUCAAGAACGUGGAGGAUAACUGCCGCCUGGUUCCCAACAAGGACCAGCAGAACUCAGACAGCGACUCUUUUGGUGACGCCUGCGAUAACUGUCCCACCGUCCCCAACAGUGACCAGAAAGACACAGACAACAAUGGACAAGGAGACGCCUGCGACCAGGACAUCGAUGGCGAUGGUAUUCCCAACGUCUUGGACAACUGUCCAAAGGUGCCGAAUCCAAUGCAGACAGACCGUGACAAAGAUGGAGUCGGAGAUGCCUGCGACAGCUGUCCUGAACUAAGCAACCCCACUCAGACUGAUGUGGACAAUGACCUUGUGGGAGACGUCUGUGACACCAACCUGGACACAGAUGGAGAUGGACACCAAGAUGGCAGGGACAACUGUCCAGACAUUCCCAACAGUUCUCAGUUAGACUCUGAUAACGACGGCCUCGGAGACGACUGCGACCAUGAUGACGACAACGAUGGUGUCCUGGAUGAUACUGACAAUUGUCGACUGAUCAUCAACCCCAACCAGAAGGACUCAGAUGCUAACGGUAUCGGUGAUGUCUGCGAGAACGACUUUGAUAAUGAUGCGGUGAUAGAUGUGAAUGACGCAUGUCCAGAGAGUGCUGAGGUCACCCUGACGGACUUCAGAGCCUAUCAGACUGUUGUACUGGACCCGGAGGGUGAUGCCCAGAUUGACCCUAACUGGGUUGUUCUUAAUCAGGGCAUGGAGAUUGUCCAGACCAUGAACAGUGACCCUGGACUAGCUGUGGGCUACACGGCGUUUAAUGGCGUGGACUUUGAGGGAACAUUUCAUGUCAACACCAUAACGGACGAUGACUACGCCGGCUUCAUCUUUGGCUACCAGGACUCCUCCAGCUUCUAUGUGGUGAUGUGGAAGCAGACACAGCAGAUGUACUGGCAGUCCAUCCCGUUCAGAGCCAUGGCCCUGCCUGCCCUGCAGCUCAAGGCGGUGAAGUCCCGGACUGGACCAGGAGAGUUCCUGAGGAAUGCCCUGUGGCACACUGGUGACACACCUGGAGAGGUGAAGCUCCUUUGGCAGGAUCCUCGAAACGUUGGCUGGAAAGACAAAACCUCGUACCGCUGGCAGCUCAGCCACCGACCACAAGUGGGUUACAUGAGGGUGAAGCUGUUUGAGGGCGCUGCCAUGGUGGCGGACUCCGGCGUGUUGGUCGACACCACGAUGAGAGGCGGCCGACUCGGCGUCUUUUGCUUCUCACAGGAAAACAUCAUUUGGUCCAACUUACGCUAUAGAUGUAACGACACGGUGCCUGAAGACUUUCUGACUCAUCGAAAACAGUUUCUGAUGCACAUUCAGGUCUGAGAGGGACAUACUGGUCGUCACGGUGACCGUCUCCUCCCUGUGCCGCUCCUGUUUUUUUUUUGUUUGUUUUUUUUAAUCGAUUCAGAACACUGGACAUGUUUCGGGACUUGUCUGUGGGACGGGUUAAACACAUGUGAGGGCAGAGCCAGAGACAAGCAGGGCGUGUCCUCAGAUCUUGUCUGUCUGUCGUCUUCAGUUGAUCAGUGUCAGAGCUACAGUCAGGUCAGUAAAUAUUUGGACAUUGUUAUGUCUUUUUUAGGAUUCUUCUCAUGUUCACAUGUCGCAGUUCUUCAGUUUGCAGACCAACAAAGUGACGUCCAGUCACAGACACUGCAGCUUGGUGGCUUCCCUCACCUGUCUGCUCCUUCAGCCUGUUUUAACAAACUGUGUCAGACCCUUUACAUUUCUUGAAAUUUAAUGAAACUCCACCUUUUUCCUGAUGACCUGUCAAUCAAAGGCAAGAAGACAGACCUGUGUCAAAAUGUACGUGUCUUUUUUUAAUAAUGGAAAAACUGUAAAUUGUCCCGUAUUUAUAAAUAAAUCAAAUGUGUGAACAUU